AUGCCAGACUGGUCAACAGUCACGCCUCGCCUCGAAUAUGACAAAAUCUUCAAUCCCACGAAGCCGGAAUCAUUCAAUUGGCAGAGCUAUUUCAUUGCCACAGGAACGAAUCCAUGCACGGACGAAAUUUUGUUUGGUCAUGUUCGUUAUCUAGAACAAACGGUGGCAGAGCGUCUCUUCGAGCAUGGGAAGCACAUUUUCGUGAAAUCUGAGAAUGAUAAUGAACGUGUUGCCCGGAUAGAGCUGUGUUGUAAGGGGAGACUAAUGAUUAACUAUUUAACUACGGAUGAAAGGGAUAAAAGGGAAGACUGCGAUGGUGAAAUAGCGAUUAACGAUGUAGUAGCCAAUGCAAAGGAAGUGGAACGCUCCAUCAAACGAGUUCUUGCUGAAGAGAAAGACAAGCGACGAAAGUGGGAUUUUCUCGACGUCGAGCAGAUUUCUAAGUAUAGAGACGUUCUUGACUGCCGCUUGAAUGACUUGAUCAAGGCCACAGGAACAAAUCCAUGCACGGACGAAAUUUUGUUUGGUCAUGUUCGUUAUCUAGAACAAACGGUAGCAGAGCGUCUCUUCGAGCAUGGGAAGCACAUUUUCGUGAAAUCUGAGAAUGAUAAUGAACUUCUUGCUGAAGAGAAAGACAAGCGACGAAAGUGGGAUUUUCUCGACGUCGAGCAGAUUUCUAAGUAUAGAGACGUUCUUGACUGCCGCUUGAAUGACUUGAUCAAGGAGGGCCAGUAUUUCGAAAUCCAAGAUGCUGCGGAACCUCGAUGCGUGUUUUGCUGCAAAGUGUUGGCGAACUACGGUGGUAUCGUUGUUUAUGAAGCUCUUGAUUACGUCAUGACUAUCAACAUAACUGAUCCUCGAUGUCAUUCUAUGGGUUGGGUUUCUCAACAUCAGGACGACUCGGUUGCGUACUGCCCAGGAAAAUAUAGCGCUGAGGCACUGAAGAUGUUUUCCAAAAACGCGGUUCCUGACAUAGUUUUCAAGAGAAUAGAAUUGAGAGAACACUUCUUCAAGAUUGGAUCACUUGUAGAAGUGCAGGAUGCGGAACAGAGGGCGGCUAUUUAUCCUGGCCACGUCACUGAAAUCAUCAAUAGCCGCUUUGUCAGAAUAGUUUCUUCUUCGUUGGGCUCAGUGGACACUAGAGAGGUUGUUGCUUAUCGAGGAUCCCCUGGCGUUUUUCCACAAGGAUUCUGUAACUCUAUUGGUUAUCCGCUUUCUAUUCCACGCAGUUCGGCUAUGUUGAAAGGUAGAGCACCAGAUGCAGGAUGGAGCUGGAAGAACUACGCGGCCCAUUGGGGCAUUCCUGGGAUACCAACGAGUGAAGUGAAUUUCGAACCAUUGAUCAGCAGAGAUACAAAGAUCACUCCUAUGAGACAUGUUGAGGUUUUUUGUUACCGCCAAGGAGUGAUGUAUGCUGCGCUCAUUCAUCGUGCGGUGCGCAACCUUGUUCUAAUUGAGUUGAGCUGUGAUACCACACCGAAUCCUCCGUUAAUGUUUCCUAUCGGGUCAGACUGCAUUUUUCCGUGCGGUUUCGCGUCCGCGCAUGACAUACCUUUUGUGGCAGAAGCACCAUUUUUGUCACUCCCUCCUUUGAAGAGCGAAGGUGUGCGCUUCGACAUUCUCAAGAACGAGUAUUCUUCCAAACCGUGUAAUAUAUUCCAGGAGAGGAAAGUAACUGAUAAAACUUUCGUGCCCGAGUACUGGUUGAAAGAUGAUGUUUGGCUGCCUCGUAUCUAUGUGCACCCUUCUUGCCGAUUAGGUCCUUGGUUUGUCCGAUCGCAAGUGGCUGCACUAGCUCGAUACUACGAAGCUGGACCGUUGGUGCAUGUCUUCAAAGUGCUCAUAGCGGACCUCUAUCAAUGUGUUGCGAUAGAACAUCGUAUGGAGAUGCAGUCUAUGCUGAACACGGACGAUGAGGAUGUUGCAGUUUUGCAUGUGAAGUUCAAGUGGCGAACAUCUCCUGACCAUGUCCUUAUGCGAGUUCCAAGUUUGCAAAACUGCUCGGCAGGCAUGUUCUCCUACGCUCCCUCGGUUGUUGCCCCAAUUUGUUAUCGUUUGAGAAUACGCAGAGGUGACCGAAUCGCGAGCGGAAUUCGUUCGCAAAGGUGUAAUUUGAAUAACGUCGAGAAGCGAAGAAGACGCACAGCAAAAACUGGAACAGCGAAACGUCGACGGACUCAACCCUUGUCUCCUUCGAAAGGAACUGAUCAGCAGACUUGCCGAAUAGCAAAUGCGUCUGAUCAUGAUUUUUCGAGAUCAUCCAUAGAUGAAAUGCCCAGAUUGCAACCGGCUGACACAACAGACUUCAUUCCAAAUGGAAGAAGUCACACCGAAGAGACGAGGCAAGCGCACGCGUGUAGUAGUUCGGAUGAGAUGCCGACUACCACUUUCAAUGGACUGUCAAAUAAUGACGCAUCACCUCAACGCCCACUUCGUCUCGAAAGUGAUGCCAUGGAAUGGGAUGAGAGGCAAUUAAUUCAGUUCUUACGAGCUACCUUCCCAGAUCUGACCGAUGUUACGAAUGUCCUUCAGAGAGAGCACAUUGAUGGAGCUCAUUUGCUAACAAUGUCACAACAAGACUGCAUCGAUUCGUUGGGUCUUCAAUUUGGGACCAGCACUUAG